AACUCCAACGUCGACUGUGAUGUAGCAUGUGGCAUGUGGCAUGCGGCAGGCAAUGUGACGAACGACUUGUUAACUGAUGGCGCAUCCAUUUAAAUACAAUUUGCCAGAUAACGAGCUGCGAUAAGCUGCAAGCUCACAUGCAAGCACUAAAAGCUUCAGCAAUUGCCGCCGCGCGCACAGCAGUUACUGGACGACUCUUCACUUGCCCUCAACAUGUUGUCCAGCGCGUCGGUGCAGGCGAUUUAUAACAUAACACUAAUGUAUGCCGUCGUCUGGACGAUUAACAGUCACUAUGCGAGCGACUCGAGCAAACCGUUGUCCAUUAUGCACUUUGCCACGCGCGACUCAAGUCGCGCUCUCCACAACGAUCUGAUUGAUUCUGUGCUGCGUUUGGCAUCUGGUGCCGGUCGCAUCAAGUUUCUGUUGGAGCACGAGCGCAUCGAUGGCGACGACGAGCCGCCGGCGGGCACAGCGCACACUGGCCUGGCCAGCGGCUUUGUGGGCCGCGAUAUUGCCAUAUUGCUGCUGGACAGCUGGCGCGCCUAUAUGCGUCUGGAGCGGCAUCUGCUGCAGCCGGGCAGCUUCUUUAAGCGCAACGGCUUCUAUUGCAUUGUGUACACGGGCAGGGAGACCGGACGUCUGCGCACAAUUGGCGAAAUCUUUAAACGUCUGCUCGCCAUCUAUGUGAUCAACGUGAAUGUGCUGCUGGUGGGUCGUCAAACGGGCACCGUCCGGGUCUACAAUUAUUAUCCAUAUCGUCCGCAUCGCUGUCAGUCAUCGGAGCCGGUGCACUAUGCCACCUUCCAGGGCGGCCUUGGUGCACCGCCAAUAAUCCAUGUGGAGAACAGCGAUCAAUUCUUUGACGCCAAGGUGCAUGACAUGCAUGGCUGUCAGCUGGUCACCGCCACAUUUGAGAGUCGCCCCUUUGUCAUGAUCAAUGACGAUUCCAGCCAGCCCGAUGACCAGCGCAUAUAUGGCAUCGAGGGCAUGAUCUAUCGCCUGCUGGCGGAGCGCAUGAACUUUGGCAUCAAAAUCGUAAAGGAGCCAAAUAGUGAUCGAGGUGAACUCCUUCCCAAUGGCACCAUAACGGGCGCCAUGAAAAUGAUCGUUGACGGCGUGGCGAACAUAACCUUUGUCUCGUUUAUGUACAACAUGGAGCGCGCCACGUAUAUGCUGCCGAGCAUCUCGUACACCAGCUUCCCGAUAGUGCUCUGCAUACCCGGCGGCUAUCCGCUGUCGCCGCUGCAGCGCCUGACCAAGCCGCUGGGCUACAUCACCUGGCUGUGCCUGUUGAUGUGCGUGCUGCUGGGCUUUUGUCUGAUCGCCUGGCUGCAGUUGCUCGGCGGGCCGCGAUUGCGUCGCUUUGUGCUUGGCGAGAACAAUCGGCUGCCCGGCACAGAGCUGUGGAGCACACUGCUCGGCGGCCUGCAUUUGCAUCCGCCGCGUCGCAAUUUCGCCCGAUAUUUGCUCGCAAUGUGGCUGCUCCAGACACUGGUGCUGCGUGCCGCCUACACCGGCGAGCUGUACAUACUGCUGCAGGAUGGGCGGGUGCGUACACCGUUGCGUUCGCUGUCCGAGGUGCUGGAGAGGAAGUAUGCGUUCAAUAUGCUGCCCGCACUGCAGCCGGUGUUCAAGGACACGGUGCCCCGUCAGCGUAUCGUGGUGGUGUCCGGUCUGGAGGAUUCGCUUCGCCAGCUGCGCGAUGACAGCGAGGCGCAAUUUGUGGUGCCGGUGCUGCAGCCGACCGUAGCCAGAUUCGAUAUGGACUCCGGUCCCGAAAAGCAGCGUCUCACUGUGCUGCCCUAUCCCCUGCUCACCGCACCGCUGGCGCUCUACAUGCGUCCACAUUCGUAUCUGAAGCAGCGCAUCAACAAGCUGCUGAUCAACAUGAUGUCCUCCGGCCUGGUGCAUCGCUAUCGUCGCAUGUACCUCGACCGGAUCGAGCAUAUGGCCGCCCAGCGCAACCGUGAUCCAAUCAAACUAACCCUCUGGCUGCUCGCCGGCCUCUUCGCCAGCUUGGGGCUAAUGCAUCUGUUCGCCAGCAUCGUGUUCGUGCUCGAACUGCGCGCCGCCCAGCCACAGCGACCACGUCUCCGGCGGCUCAUGAAUGCGGCCAAUCGUUAUGUGGUCUAAAGCGACAUCAAUCCAAUCGAUUGAGAAAACCCCUUUAUUAUGUUAACUACUUUGUAACUUAAACACAUUUAUUGCCCAGCUAUUCUGGCUCGCUUUGCCCUUAUCCACAUAAGCUUCUAUACAACAUUUGUAAACACUUGCUGUGGGCAUCUUUGAACCCAUCAAGUGUAUAUAUUCUUGUUCAGUAACAACAGAUAAUUUGUCUCUCUUAUAAUAUGCAUAGCAAAUCGCGAGAAGAGGCUUUUGUGUAAAACAGCUUUUUAUUGUUUUUCAAGAUAUCUUAAACCAAGCAAUGCCCAGCUGAAAUUUGAGCCUUACCUUAAAAUAUAAUAUCUAUUCCAUAUAAGUGCAUGGGCAAAAUCUUUUAUAAAAUUGUGUUCUAUAAGAAAACUUAUAUGUUAUUUAAAAUAUUUUAUCCAAACUCGCGAUCGUCAGUAUAACUUUUGCUUGUGAGCUAAAUCUUGGUCGAAGUUUGAUUGAUUUGUAUAAAUUAUUUUAUGUUUUUUAAGAUAUCUAACUAACUCUUAAUUAUUAUUUCUUUUUGACUUAUAUAGCCUCCAGUAGCUGUAGAAACCUGCAACAAAUGUUUUUUUGGCUUUGCAAUUAUAAUAAUAUUAUUCUAAUAUAGAAUAUAUAUAAUAUAGACAAUAAUAUUUAUCAUA